AUGUCUGAUCCGCAAAAAUACACCGUCGGUUGGAUCUGCGCCAUCACAUCCGAGUACGUUGCCGCCCAGGCGUUCCUAGAGGAAAAGCACGAAAAGCCCGAAUAUGUAUCCCCUCACGACAACAACAACUACACGCUCGGCAGGAUUGGACGGCACAACGUCGUCAUAGCAGUCCUCCCUGAUGGCGAAUAUGGGCUAUCAUCUGCGGCGGGCGUCGCGAGAGACAUGCUGCACAGCUUCCCCAACGUCAGAAUUGGUCUCAUGGUCGGGAUUGGCGGCGGCGCUCCGAGUAAGCACCAUGACAUCCGUCUCGGUGACGUUGUGGUAGGCAUUUCGAAUAAGGGAGAGGGUGCUGUGGUUCAGUACGACUUUGGAAAGGCCGUGCAGGGCCAAGAGUUCCAAGAGAUGGGAUUCUUAGAUCAAGCACCAAUGUUGUUGCGGGCGGCAGUUGGUGGACUCAGAGCAGAGUAUGAAUGUGAAGGGAAUCGGAUCCAAGAAGCCGUCGACAAUGCACUUGCCAAGAAUCCGAGGCUACAAAAGAAAUACGGGCGGCCGGAAGCAUCUUCUGACAGACUCUACCAGAGUCCAGUUGUUCACUCACCAAAAGGCAGGGCUGAUUGCUCAACGAGUUGCGGUAACGACCCAUCAAGCCUAGUUGAGCGACCUGAGCGGGACAAAGACGACGAUGUCCCAGCGAUCCACUACGGUCUUGUCGCUUCAGCAAAUACACUCAUGAAGGAUGCUUUGGCUAGAGAUAAACUCAUAGCAAAGAAGGACGUCCUUUGCUUUGAAAUGGAAGCUGCCGGAUUGAUGAACCACUUUCCAUGUCUGGUCAUUCGUGGCAUCUGCGACUACUCAGACUCACAUAAGAAUGACGACUGGCAAGGCUAUGCCGCAAUGACAGCUGCAGCAUAUGCUAAAGAUCUUCUCCAUCAAAUAGCUCCAAACAAGAUUGAAGAGGAGAAGAAGAUUAAAGAUGUUCUAUCUGGCCUCCAAGAACUUGCCAAAGAGCGCCGAGAUAUUGCAAAAGAGCAACUCCAAAUCCAGAAAGAUUUCGCCAAGGAGAGGCUAUCCAAAGAAGAACAAGAGUGUCAUCAGCUAUUCCGUCUAACGGCUAGUGGCAAAGAUGCCACAUACGAGUGGUACAAAGAUCGAGUCGAAAGAAGGGUUGAAGACACGUGCCUCUGGUUUCUCAAGCAUGACCACUUUCAGGCGUGGCUGCAACAGGAGUCCGGUCCCUUACUAGUCACAGCAGACCCUGGCUGUGGAAAGUCGGUGUUGGCCAAGUACCUCAUCGAUGAUGGCCUGCCACGAUCAGCAACCAUCUGCUACUUCUUCUUCAAAGAUCAGGACCAAAACACCUCCCGUCAAGCACUUUCUGCAGUACUCCACCAGCUCUUCUCUCAAAAGCCGUCUCUGAUCAAGCAUGCCAUACCGCAUUUUCGCACAGAUGGGCAGGGUUUGAUAAACUCCACAGAGUCGCUCUGGAAGAUCUUGCGGGGUGCUAUAGGAGAUCCCGAGGCAGGACCUAUAAUCAUCGUCUUUGAUGCCUUGGAUGAGUGUGCCGAGUCUGAGUUUGCGAGCUUGAUGCAGAAUGUCGAGAGCCAAUUUCAGGACGAUCAGUCAAGCAAUAGCAAGCUGAAAUAUCUUCUCACCUGUCGCCCGUACGAGCAAAUCACCGCACAAUUCCACGGCCUCUUGAAUAUCUUUCCAAAUAUCCACAUACCAGGAGAGGAAGAGUCAGAAGCCAUCAGUCAGGAGGUAAAUCAUGUCAUCACUCAUCGAGUCAAUCGGCUAUCAGCAAAGAAAAGACUGUCACUCGAGAGCAAGGCCUACUUGAAGACAAGCCUACAGAAGAUUACCCACCGAACCUAUCUCUGGGUGUAUCUUAUAUUUGACUACUUGGAGAAAGAAAUCUUCAAGAAAACACGGAAAGGGAUUGAACUUCUCAUUAAUACACUUCCCAAGAGUAUUAAUGAGGCAUAUGAACGAAUUCUGAGCAAGUCCAAGAACGGGAAGGACGUUCGGAAAGCUUUGAGUAUCAUCUUGGCUGCCAGUCGACCGCUGUCACUCUCAGAAAUGAAUAUCGCUAUGAAUAUAGACGACUCAGCACAGAAUGACACAACACAAUCCUUUCAGGAUAUCGACCUAGAGGAUGAAGACGACUUUAGGUCACGCCUAAGGUCAUUGUGUGGUUUGUUCAUUUCGAUCUACCAUGGCAAGGUUUACUUUCUCCACCAGACUGCUCGAGAAUUCCUCCUCGCAGAUUCGGCAUCUCGUACAGCUGCCCCAUCAGAGCUACACUGGCAUCACUCUAUCACUAUUCAACAAGCACAUACUGUUCUCGCCGAGCUCUGCGUCCUCUACCUCAGCUUGUUUAAUUCCAGUCUUAGCCCUACUACAGAAGCGAAUGGGGAAUUCGGCUACACACAUGUAGCCGAUAGCUACGCUUUUUUGGGAUACUCCUCUGAAAAUUGGGGCGCUCAUUUCCGCGAAGCCAAUAUCGUCGAUAACGCUGCUAUAUUACCUGCGACUCUACGAAUUUGUGAUCCUGAUUCGAAGAGCUUCUCAGCAUGGUAUACGAUUUAUGAGGAUUUUGUAAAUGGCAUCCCACGUGAUUGUCUUACAGAUCUUAUUAUAGCAUCACACUUUGGCCAUCGCGCUGUUGUAAAGCUGUUAGUCGACAAGGGAGCUGAUCUUGAGGCGCAAGAUCGUUGGUAUGGCAGGACGCCGCUAUUAUGGGCUUCUGAGAAUGGGUAUGAGGCUGGAGCUGACCUUAAGGCGCAAGAUAGGUAUGGCCAGACGCCGCUAUUAUUGGCUACUGAGAAUAGGCAUGAGGCUAUAAGAGGCGCCUAUUACGGGCUGCUAUAG